AUGAGAAAGAAGUAACAAUUGAAAAAAGCUGCAAAAGAGAAUGAUUCUUCUUAACCCACUACAGCUAUAGCCUCUUAAAAAAAAUUUGUCAAUAAGGAUUUGGAGAAUGAUCUACUUGAGUACAAAUCUAAGAUGAUCAACCACAUAGAAAAUAGAAUAUUGCAUUCUUAAAAGAAAUUAGAGGACUCUAUAAGGGAGGAGAUGGAACAUUUUGAAUAACAGAUAUCUAAAACUAUCAAUGAAUUAAGAGAUGAUCGAUUUGACCAAAAAGUAUGUUCAGUAUAACAUCAAGAAAGAUAAAUGGAGAAAGUGUUCAGAUAUAAACCGUCUCUUUUGUCUGAGAUGUUGAAAUAGUCUGAUUAUAAAACUCUUUACCACAUGAUGAUGGCAAGCAUGUUUAUUUUGAUGGGCAAUCUAUGGAUAUAGGACUAUUUGGAGAGAGGUAUCAUAUUUGAUAUGGAUACAUUCUUCUGGUGCUUUUAGACUCCUUUGUUAGUAGCAGAAAUUUUGUUUGCUUUAGUGUUAUCCAGUUAUUUGACUGUGUAUUGGGUGACCUACUGUUACUCAAAUAAGAUCAAGCCAUUUACAGCUAUUCUUGUAUUCAGUCUUCAUUAGAUAAUAAGCAUUUUGGCAGCUUGUUAUAUGACAACUGCUUGGGUGAAUGGAUUUGGUUCAAGGAUGAUUGUAAUGUGUGAAGCAGUCAGAAUGAUGAUGAAAACCUAUUCUUAUGCUCGUAACAAGAUGUUAUAUGGCACAGAGAAUAAAUACAAAUAUUUCAUCCUUUAAUCAUUUGAAAGGAAGGGAAUCACUAAACAAAAUGCUUUGCUUCCUGACAUCAAUAUUCAAUCCCUUUCUUAAGAACUCAAGAGGUACACUUACUUCUUCCUGGCACCAACUUUGUUAUACAGAGACUAUUACGUCAAGGCUCCCAAUUACUCAAAGAAAAAGGUUGUGAUAGAAUUCGCAAAUUUCUUUUUGUGCAUUUAUUAUGGGUUUAUUCUCUUCAGAUCUUUCUGUAAAGAACCAAUACUUUAAUUAAGAGAGAACUUGACUUUGAUGAAUUUCAUUGUUACUUUGUAUAAGUUAAUGAUGCCAUCUACUUUUUCACUCGUUCUGGUUUUUUUUGGACUACUUCACAGUUGGUUUAAUGGAUGGGCAGAACUACUGAGAUUUCCAGACAGAACAUUUUAUCAUGAUUGGUGGACAGCCUCAGAAUUUGGAUAGUAUUAUAGAAAAUGGAAUGUUAUCGUUCAUGAAUUCCUUUAUUAUUAUGUCUAUUUGGACAGUGAGAAAUUAAGUUAAGGCAAAAGAAGUAGGCUCUUUAGACAACUGAUCACUUUUGGAUGUUCAGCAGUCAUUCAUGAAAUCAUUCUUACUUUUGCUUUGGGCUUCUUUUAUCCAAUAUGUUUUAUUUUAUUUACUGGCCCAGGAAUUUUAUUCAUCUAAGCCAAGGAAGUCUUUAAAUCGGGCUGGUUUAACAUUCUAUUUUGGGUUUUGAUGUAUAUAGGAACCUCUGUGAUGAUCACAUUAUAUUUGACUGAGUAUUAUGCUAGAAUUCUAAUAAGUGAUCACUUAAUUGAACAGAGAUGGGGAAUUAUUCAAUAUCUGAUUCCUAGAACAUUUUAUCUAAUCACAGGAAUUUGA